AUGGGUAACGCUAGUUCCAUUAAAAAAGGCGAACCCGCAGAUGUCAAGGCCUUUUUGGAUGAUGCUAAAAAAGAGUUUCUUGACAAAUGGGAAAAACCUUCACAGAAUACCGCUUGUUUAGAUGACUUUGACAGAAUCAAGACUCUUGGAACAGGUUCAUUUGGUCGUGUUAUGCUUGUGCAACAUAAAGCCAAAAAGACAUAUUAUGCCAUGAAGAUCUUGGACAAGCAGAAGGUGGUGAAGCUCAAGCAGGUUGAACAUACCUUAAAUGAAAAGCGCAUUCUGCAGGCCAUCAAUUUUCCUUUCCUUGUUAGGCUUAAUUAUUCAUUUAAGGAUAAUAGCAAUCUUUACAUGGUAUUGGAUUUCAUUAAUGGUGGUGAAAUGUUUUCUCAUCUGCGAAAAAUUGGGCGAUUCAGCGAAAGCCAUGCUCGUUUCUACGCCAGCCAGGUAGUUCUAGCCUUUGAAUACCUUCAUCAUCUUGAACUUGUGUACCGCGAUCUCAAACCAGAAAAUAUCCUGAUUGACGAACAUGGCUAUUUGAAGAUCACAGAUUUCGGCUUUGCCAAACGAGUAAAGGGUCGAACCUGGACACUUUGUGGAACUCCCGAAUACCUCGCUCCAGAAAUCAUCCUUAGCAAGGGAUAUAACAAAGCUGUAGACUGGUGGGCGCUUGGUGUUUUGGUUUAUGAAAUGGCAGCGGGAUAUCCACCAUUCUAUGCUGAUCAGCCCAUCCAAAUAUACGAGAAGAUCGUUUCUGGAAAGGUUCGAUUCCCAUCACACUUCAGCUCGGAUUUAAAGGAUCUCCUUCGUAAUCUCCUCCAAGUCGAUCUGACCAAACGUUAUGGCAAUCUGAAGAACGGAGUCAAUGACAUUAAGAAUCAUAAAUGGUUUGCCUCAACUGAUUGGUUUGUCAUCUACAAAUGCGAGGCAACACCGUUUGUGCCGAAAUGCAAAGGUCCCGGUGACGCGGACAACUUUGACGAAUACGAAGAGGAACCUCUCCGUAUAUCGGCCACAGAGAAGUGUGCCAAGGACUUUGCUGACUUCUAA